AUGUCGGAUAUGCAGGAUACAAUGUUGUUGGGCUUGGAGGGAAUCAAGAAAACUAUUCUGCAUGGAGGGACCGGAGAAAUUCCAAAAUGUAUCUCUGGAUCAAAGGUGACUUUCCACUUCCGCACCCAGUUGUGUGAUGAUGAGCGGACAGUGAUAGAUGACAGCAAAGUGGUGGGGACGCCCAUGGAGAUAGUGAUCGGCAACAUGUUUAAAAUGGACAUCUGGGAAACCCUGUUGUCCUCCUUGAGGAUCGGAGAGGUGGCUGAAUUCUGGUGUGACAUCAUUCAUACUGGUGUUUAUCCACUAGUCUCCAAGAGUAUGAGGCGCAUUGCAGAAGGCAAAGACCCAGUGGACUGGCAGAUCCAUACAUGUGGUAUGGCCAACAUGUUCGCCUACCACAGCCUGGGCUACGACGACCUGGACGAGCUGAUGAAGGAACCAAAACCCCUCUACUUUGUCCUGGAGCUGCUCAGGGUUCAGCAGCCCAGUGAGUACAACAGGGAGACGUGGGCUAUGAACGAUGAGGAGAGGCUGAAGGUGGUGCCUGUGCUUCACGGUCAGGGGAACAAGCUCUACAAACAGGGGAACUACGACGAGGCCACACAAAAGUACAAGGAGGCCAUCAUCUGCAUCAAGAAUGUUCAGACAAAGGAGAAAGCAUGGGAGGUCCCUUGGCUGAAGCUGGAGAAGAUGGCCAACACCAUAACGCUCAACUACUGCCAGUGUCUAAUGCGCACAGAAGAGUACUACGAGGCCAUCGAGCACACCACCGACAUCAUCAACCAGCACCCAGGUGACAUGAAGGCCUUCUUCCUGCGAGGGAAGGCCCACGCAGAAGUGUGGAACGAGGCAGAGGCUCGGCAGGACUUCAGCCGGGUGCUGGACCUGGACCCAGGCAUGAAGAAAGUCGUCAAGAGAGAGCUGGCCGUGCUUAAUAUGCGCAUGGAGGAAAAGAACCAGGAGGACAAGAACAAGUACAGAGGCAUGUUUUGA